CGGCGCACAGCGAUCUGCCAUGGCGACGGCCGCACGCACAUCACCAGCGGGACGGCAGCACCGCAGCGGACAAAAAAAAUCCAGCGAGUAGCUCGCACGAGCCACGCACGCCUCCUGGCUUUCCAUUCCUUGUCGACGACGUCGUCGCCGCAGUCUUUUUGUGGUUUUUCCCUUGCGGCCUCUGCCGCGCGCCGAUACCUUCUCCUCCCCCCGCCGCGAGCUCACAAGCCGCCGAAGCUGUCAAGCAGCAGCAGCGGCGGCACGCCGGCGGAAAGCCAGCCUCUUUCCAGAUCUCGCAUGCGCGGCCGCCGCAGGAGGAGGCGGAGGGGCAGGAGCUAGCGGGACCCGACGAGCCGGCGGCGGCGGCGGCGGCGGAGGAUUCCCUGAAAUGGGCGGAGGGGGCGGGGCAAGGCUGGGGCACUGGGUGGUGUCGUACACGGGGAUGUCGGCGGACAACAUCAAGGGGCUGCUGCUCGCGGUCUCCUCCAGCCUCUUCAUCGGGGCCAGCUUCAUCGUCAAGAAGAAGGGGCUCAAGAAGGCCGGCGCCUCCGGCGUCCGCGCAGGUGUUGGUGGCUACUCGUACCUGCUUGAGCCACUAUGGUGGAUAGGAAUGAUAACAAUGGUUGUUGGGGAAAUCGCCAACUUUGCAGCCUACGCUUUUGCUCCUGCUAUCUUGGUCACUCCACUUGGCGCGCUUAGCAUAAUUAUUAGUGCUGUUCUGGCACGUAUCAUUUUGCGGGAGAAGCUACAUAUAUUUGGUGUGCUCGGGUGUAUUCUUUGCGUUGUGGGUUCGACAACAAUUGUGCUACAUGCUCCUCAGGAACGUGAGAUUGAGUCUGUGGCAGAAGUAUGGGAUCUUGCUACUGAACCAGCAUUUCUUCUUUAUGCAGGCGUUGUGCUUGCAGCAGCUUUCGUGCUCAUAUUCCAUUUUGUCCCGCAGUAUGGUCAGACACAUAUUAUGGUGUACAUUGGCGUCUGUUCUCUUUUUGGGUCUUUAUCGGUCAUGAGUGUCAAAGCUCUUGGGAUAGCAUUGAAGCUGACAUUUUCAGGGAUGAACCAGCUAGUUUAUCCACAAACAUGGGUGUUCGUACUUGUUGUAAUUGCAUGCAUCGUAACACAGAUGAACUAUCUGAACAAGGCCCUUGACACAUUCAAUACUGCAGUUGUUUCGCCCAUUUAUUACACGAUGUUUACAUCGUUGACCAUUUUGGCUAGUGUAAUAAUGUUCAAGGACUGGGAUCGUCAAAAUCCGACUCAAAUUGUAACGGAAAUGUGUGGCUUUGUUACUAUUCUCUCUGGGACGUUUCUUCUUCACAAGACGAAAGAUAUGGUAGAUGGUCUCCAGCCCAACUUACCUAUCCGGAUUCCUAAACAUGCGGAGGAGGAUGCAUACGGGUCUGAAGAAAUUCCUCUCAGGUCUGCUGCCGAUGGCAUUCCACUCAGGUCACCAAGAAGCACAGAAGGAAUUCCUCUCAGGUCUGCUCCUGAUGGCAUUCCGCUCAGGUCACUGAGGGGCACAGAAUCACUUCGCUCAACUGGAUGACCUGCCCAUGGUUGCUCAAUCCAUGACGCUUAAAGGCAACCUUUGGUCAAAUCAUGGUGCUUCAAAGCUCAAUGCUGGCCAUGAUUGUCCUGAAACCUGGGAAGGGAAGAAUCUCCAUUCUUUCAUUGGAUACAACUCCUUAGAUUUUUGACUGUAGGAUCGAAAGGUAACGGCUCGGUGCCCCUUGUAAUUUUUGAGACAUUGGUACAGUGUUCUGGGGCUUAUAUUAGUUAUAUACAUCUCUGGUAAGGUACUAGAAUGGCCAGUGACACAAGUGAACAUACCGCAGUGAGCCAUAUGGAACUGUCUGUUCUUUCACAUACACUAGUUCAGAAUACAAUCAAUAUACAUGUCGAAAUGAAAGAGCGCAUUUUGUCAACAA